CCGGAGCUGCGGGGACGACUCCGCCAGAGGAAGCUGCGCGGGCCGGACCGGCGUCGGCCCGCAGCUUCCGCUGCAACUUGCACCUCAGUCUGUUCGUGUGGUCCGCCUGACCUGGUCUGGCCCGCUUGUGCUCUGCAUCCGCGAACACGCGGCUCCAGAUGGAAAUCAUAUGACAAAAUAUUUGGGUGACAGCUGCCUGAAGGGUCUUCAGAAAUUACAGAAGACAAAAACACUAAUGCAUUUGAGAAAGCGGUAAAGUUUGGGGGGAGGGAGAGAAAGCAACUCCUUUCCUGAUCUGCAACUUGACUGGAUGCUAAGAUGUCUGUGGACAUGAAUAGCCAGGGGUCUGACAGCAAUGAAGAGGACUAUGACCCAAAUUGUGAGGAGGAGGAGGAGGAAGAGGAAGAGGACCCUGGGGACAUAGAGGAUUAUUAUGUGGGAGUAGCCAGCGACGUGGAACAGCAAGGCGCUGAUGCCUUUGAUCCUGAGGAGUACCAGUUUACUUGCUUGACAUAUAAGGAGUCUGAGGGUGCCCUCAACGAGCACAUGACCAGCUUAGCUUCUGUCCUAAAGGUAUCUCAUUCAGUUGCCAAACUCAUAUUAGUUAAUUUCCACUGGCAAGUCUCAGAGAUAUUGGACAGAUACAAGUCCAAUUCUUCUCAACUGCUUGUUGAGGCACGAGUUCAGCCCAAUCCAUCAAAACAUGUCCCUACCACCCAUCCCCCUCAUCACUGUGCAGUGUGUAUGCAAUUUGUGCGGAAGGAAAACCUACUGUCUCUGGCCUGCCAGCACCAGUUUUGCCGCAGCUGCUGGGAGCAGCACUGCUCGGUUCUAGUCAAGGAUGGCGUGGGUGUGGGAGUCUCUUGUAUGGCUCAGGACUGUCCACUCCGUACACCAGAAGACUUUGUGUUUCCAUUGCUUCCCAAUGAAGAAUUGAAAGACAAAUAUAGGCGCUACCUCUUCAGGGAUUACGUGGAGAGUCAUUACCAGCUCCAGCUGUGCCCUGGUGCAGACUGCCCCAUGGUUAUUCGGGUACAGGAGCCUAGAGCUCGUCGAGUGCAGUGCAAUCGGUGCAAUGAGGUCUUCUGUUUCAAGUGUCGUCAGAUGUAUCAUGCCCCCACAGACUGCGCCACAAUCCGGAAAUGGCUCACGAAGUGUGCAGAUGACUCUGAAACGGCCAACUACAUUAGUGCUCACACUAAAGAUUGUCCCAAGUGCAACAUCUGCAUUGAGAAGAAUGGAGGCUGCAAUCAUAUGCAAUGCUCCAAAUGUAAACACGACUUCUGCUGGAUGUGUCUAGGAGAUUGGAAGACUCAUGGCAGUGAGUACUAUGAGUGCAGUCGGUACAAAGAGAAUCCUGACAUUGUCAACCAGAGUCAGCAAGCCCAGGCCAGGGAGGCCCUCAAGAAGUACUUAUUCUAUUUUGAGAGGUGGGAAAACCACAACAAAAGCUUACAGCUGGAGGCACAAACAUACCAGCGGAUUCAUGAGAAGAUUCAGGAGAGGGUGAUGAACAAUCUGGGAACUUGGAUUGACUGGCAGUAUCUACAGAAUGCUGCCAAGCUCUUGGCCAAGUGUCGAUAUACCCUGCAAUAUACCUACCCAUAUGCAUACUACAUGGAGUCUGGCCCCAGGAAGAAGCUGUUUGAAUACCAGCAGGCUCAGCUAGAGGCUGAGAUUGAAAACCUUUCGUGGAAAGUGGAGCGAGCGGACAGCUAUGACAGAGGGGACUUAGAGAACCAGAUGCACAUAGCAGAACAGCGGAGAAGAACCCUGUUGAAGGAUUUCCAUGAUACCUAAGUUGGGACAUGGACAUGCCGGGAUGAAAUGUGGCUGCAAGGACUCCCGGCUGCCAUACUGCAUGCUGCAGGCUCUGCCUUUCACGACUCCAGGCAACAGCCAGGGCCCCACUCCUGAGAGACACUGGCAACACACCUUUUAGUUAAUUUGUUUUCUUCUCAUCUUUUUGCUUUUUGUUUCUACCAGGGUAGAGUUCAUAUUGAAUUGGCUUCUUUUCAGGACUUUUAAUUCACCCAGAUGGUUGUUGGGAGGGAGGGAAUGUUUUGUUUGCUUUGUUUUGUUUUGUUUAUUUGUUUUUUGAACGGCUAUUAAUAGGAUUAGAUCAUUACAACUCAUGUAAUUUUCAAAGAUUGUACAAUAUUAAAAAAAAAAAAGGCAAACCAUAGGAUAACACAGAGCCCUUUUAAAAAAUAAAUUGGCAUUGGAGUGUUUUA